AUGGAAAUCCUAAAGUGGUCUCUUUUAGGUUCCAUAUUAUCUAAUUUGCUCCUAGUCCUUGGUUCAUCGCUCCUUUGUGGUGGCCUUGCUAAUACAGGCAAGGAGCGUCCUCUGGACAGGAGACAAGCAGAUGUAAGCGUAGGCCUCCUGAUGCUGGGUGUGCUCUGCCACAUCUUACCUCUAUUGUCCAAGUACACAACAAGCACUGGAGAUAGCACAGGCUCAGUUCUGGAGUUAUCAAGAUUAUGUGCAAUCGUAAUGCUCAUUGCCUACUUUGGAGGUCUCGUCUUCCAGCUAAAAACUCAUCGUCAAUUUUUUGUGCAAGAGGAAAGUUCACAGAGCAGCAGCAGCAACAGUGACGAUGAAGUUACAAACAAUUCAGUUAUAGGAUCUGCCAGUACAGUGAUCUGGUUGAUUGGGAUGACUGUAGUCAUUGCUGUGCUUUCUAAUUAUAUUAUCACUACAAUUGAGGAAGUAUCAGAUGCACUUGGUAUCCCAGUUCGGUUCAUUAGCAUUAUCCUGCUUCCUGUUGUUGGAAAUGCGGCAGAGCAUGCAGGCGCUAUAAUAUUUGCUUUUAAGAACAAAAUUGACAUCACCCUGGGAAUUGCUCUUGGUUCAGCUACUCAAAUUUUGCUGCUUGUGAAUCAUGCGGUCAGAAAAGCAGAUUUAGGAAGGACUUUAGAAACAGUUUAUCCAGUCUUCAAUAGAAGCAAUGGCAUCAGGAGCUGGAUUACUGAUAAACUUGGUCUGAGAAAAGAAGUUGCUCCAACUAUUCAGGAUUUCGAUGUAGACUCCAUGGCAUUUGAUACAAAUUUCAGAGGACAACUUACUAAUCGUAGACCGCAGUUUUCGCACAUUAUGCCAAUAGUGCACUACCGCUGA